GCGUUUUUUCGUCUUUGCCCUUCUUGUCCCAGUCUGCCCUCCGUACCGUGAGAGGCGUUAACAGCAGAUAAGACUCCGGUGUUGUUGUGAAGAUUAGGUUCUUAUCGCCGAUAUCCAGCGGCUCAAUUCACAACUAUCAGCCGGACUACCAGAGCUAGCGGCGGCUACAGCGGAGCAGCGGCCCGUCCGAGCAGCCGGAGGCGCUGCCUUGCCCUGUGCUGUGAUUGGACACGACGAUGGUGGUGGUGUUUACAGGUGUGUCUCUGGCAGCAGUGUGUGGGUCAGGUGGCUCCAGUCAGACACCAUGAGUUCUAAGGGAGGCGGCACCGCUCUGACCCGCCGUAACUACAGGCUGGCGUCAGACAUGGACAAGCCGAGAUCCACAGGUAUCGUGAACGAGAAGAUGCUGAGCGACUACCUACACCAUGUGUUUCCCUCCACCAAACAGGGACCCACACUGGCCUCGCUCAGGAAGCCUCUGGGCUUCCAGGAUCUACCUGCUCACCUGGAGAAGCUGCUGUCUGAGGACACGCCUACGGAGGACGGUCAGGCUGUGGACGGUCGUCUGGGUCCUCAGCCCGUUGUCCUCGAUCACACCAGCGGCUUUGAAGGACUCCUGUUUGUAGACGACGACCUGCUGGGGGUCAUCGGCCACAGCAACUUCAGCUCCAUCCGAGCGACCACCUGUGUUUAUAAAGGGAAGUGGGCCUACGAGGUGCUGAUCUCCUCUCAGGGUCUGAUGCAGAUAGGCUGGUGUACCCUUAGCUGUCGCUUCAAUCAGGAGGAGGGUGUAGGUGACACGCCGGACUCGUACGCUUACGACGGAAACAGAGUGAGAAAGUGGAACGUGACGACGACAAACUACGGAAAGUCGUGGGCAGCAGGAGACAUCGUGAGCUGUCUGAUAGACCUGGAUGAAGGAACCAUCACGUUCUGCCUGAACGGCCAGUCUUUGGGGACGGCCUUCACCAACAUUAAGAUGGGUCCUGGCAUCGCUUACUUUCCCGCCAUCAGCCUCUCCUUUAAAGAGUCAGUGGCUUUCAACUUCGGCAGCAGGCCCCUCAGGUACCCCGUGGACGGCUACCUGCCCCUCCAGAACCCUCCAGCUGCAGACCUGAUGAAGGCCCACAAACUGCUGGGCUACAUCAAGAACGUCCUGUCCACCGCCAUCGACGCUCAGGAGGAGAGGCUGGUGGAGAAGGACUGCGCUGUGUGGAGGCUUCACGGAGAGCCGACCGUCCUCGUCACUCUGGCUCACAUCUUUAACCACUUUGCUCAACUCAUGUGUAAGGUGUAUCUGGUGGAGGACGUGCUGAUGAACUUCCUGCUGGGGAUUCUGGAGGGAGGAGGUUCGGUGGACGAACACCCGCUCAUCCAGCAGCUGCUCGACCUCUUCUGGCUGCUGAUGGAGGACCACGAGGUGAACGAGUGUCUGAAGCAACUCAUGAUGUCCUUACUCAGGGCCUACCGCUUCUCCCCCAUCAUCCCAGACUUGGGCUUCCAGAUCCACUACCUGCGGCUGACCACGGCCAUCCUGCGCCACGAGAAAUCCAGGAAGUACCUGCUCAGCAACGUCUUGUUCGACGUUCUGCGCUCGGUUGUGUUCUUUUACAUCAAGACUCCUCUGAGGGUGAAGGAGGCGGGGCUAGAGGAGCUCAUCCCAACCACCUGGUGGCCCACGCACUUUGACAAAGAGGGUAAAGACGAGCGCGAGCCCAAAGACGAGAGCGCCGACGAGCGUCUGAGGCGCCGAGCCUACGAGAGAGGCUGCCAGAGGCUGAAGAAGAGGAUCGAAGUGGUGGAGGAGUUGCAGGUUCAGAUCCUGAGGCUGCUGCUCAACAACAAGGACAAGAGCACGGGAGAAGCAUCGCGCUACAUUUUCCUCAACAAGUUCAGGAAGUUCCUCCAGGAAAACGCCAGCAACAGAGGGCACCCCACGGCUCUGUGUCCGCCUGAGUACAUGGUGUGUUUCCUGCACCGCCUCAUCACAGCGGUCAGAGGCUGCUGGGACGAAGGACACCGCAAGAGUCCGAGCAGCGUGAGCAGCGACGAGGCCUACGUCCCUCCUCAGUUGUUCUAUAACGGGAAGGUGGACUACUUCGACCUGCAGAGGCUGGGCGGGCUGCUGUCCCACCUGAAGAAAACCCUGAAAGACGAUUUGGCGAGUAAAGCAAACAUCAUCAUCGACCCCGCGGAGAUCCAGGCCACGUCCAUGGACGACCUGGACGAGGACGACGAGAGCGGAGCUGCUCAGAGGCUGCCUGGGGCCGUGGCGAUGGGCGGAGCUCUGGCGAGGCCCAGCUGGUUGAGUUCUCCCACUUUGGGUCGGGCCAACCGCUUCUUGAGCACGGCCGCCGUCAGCCUGAUGACCCCCAGGCGACCCCUGAGUCAGCCGGAGAAGGUGAAGGUCCGAACGCUCGCCGUGGAGCAGCGCACCGAGGAGGACAUCGAGGGAAGUCAUGGCAACGACGGCCUGUUGCUGGGGCGACCGCUCGAGGAGCCCGAUCAACAAAUUGCAGACAAGUCGCUGCUGGAGAUCGUGGACGGGAUCGUGAUGAUGUACAACCUGAGUGUCCAUCAGCAGCUGGGGAAGAUGGUGGUGGUGUCGGACGACGUCCAUGAGUACGCCGUGGCGCUGAAGGAUACGGAGGAGAAGAUCGCCCGCUGCCCCGCCAGAAGGGCCGACAUCCUGGAGGAGCUCCAGAAGAGCCAGAAGGUUUUUGCGGAGAAGCUGAACCACCUGAGCAGGAGGCUGGCCUGGAUCAACGCCACCAUCUACUCCAAGGAGAAGAUGCUGGACAUCUACUGGCUGCUGUGUGUCUGCAUCCGCACCAUCGAGCACGCCGACAACACCGGCUCUCUGUUCGCCUUCACAUCAGAGUUCUACCUCAACGUCGCCAUGAACGCGUACAGCGCCCUGAAGAACUACUUCAGCCCGGCUAACGGCAUGGACGAGCUGCCCGGCUACGAGGAAACUCUGACUCAGCUCGCUGCCAUCCUCGCGAAGCACUUUGCAGAUCCACGCAUCGUUGGGACAGAUAUCAAAGACUCUCUGAUGCAGGCGCUGGCCAGCUACGUCUGUUACCCACAAUCCCUCAGGGCUGUGGAGAGGAUCCCGGAGGAGCAGCGAGUGGCCAUGAUGAAGAACCUGCUGGCUCCGUACGAGCAGAGACCCUGGGCCCAGACCAACUGGAUCCUGGUCAGACUGUGGAGGGGUUGUGGUUUUGGCUACAGAUACACUCGCCUCCCUCAUCUGCUGAAAACCAAACCCGAGGAUGCCAACCUGCCCAGUCUGCAGAAGCCGUGCCCGUCGUUGCUGCUGCAGAGACACAUGGCGGAGCUGCUCAGCAUGGAUAAAGACAUGGCCGCCUCUUUCCUCAACAGCGUCCUGAACCAACUCAACUGGGCCUUCUCAGAGUUCAUCGGCAUGAUCCAGGAGAUCCAGCAGGCCGCGGAGCGUCCAGAGAGGAACUUUGUGGACACUCGUCAGCUGAAGGUGUGUGCGACCUGCUUCGACCUGUCCGUCAGCCUGCUGCGGGUGCUCGAGAUGACCGUCACUCUGGUGCCUGAGAUCUUCCUGGACUGGUCCCGCCCCUCCGCGGAGCUGCUGCUCAGACGGCUCGCUCAGCUGCUGAACCAGGUGCUGAACCGAGUGACAGCAGAGAAGAACCUGUUUGACCGAGUCGUCAACCUCAGACUGCCAGGGCUGGAGAGCGUGGACCACUACCCCAUCCUGGUGGCUGUUACCGGCAUCCUGGUUCGGAUCCUGGUGGACGGAGACCGGCAGGGGGUAUCCCGAGCUGCCUCCGUCCUGCUGUCCGACCCCUGCUUCCAGCUCCACUCCAUCCAGCACCUCCUGGGAGAAGGAGGCGAGUCCUCCAGCUCCUCGGCAGCCGUGGCCUCCAGCGUGCGUCCUGCGGUGGGCUCUCUGGGGUCGUCCGUGGCUGCCCCUGUCCCGUCGGCCGCUGGAAACUCGGGAUCCUCAGAGCGCAAACACUUCUCCCUGCACGCAUACACAGACUACAUCAGUGAGGAGGAGAAGCACAGGGUGGAGCUGAUGUUGGCCUUUCUCACCGAGGAGUCCAAGCAGGCUGCAGCCAGCACAGCUCCCACCAGCGAGGAAGACCUCUGUCCCAUCUGCUACGCCCACCCCAUCUCUGCCAUCUUCAAGCCCUGCUCACACAAGUCCUGCAAAGCCUGCAUCAACCAGCACCUGAUGAACAACAAGGACUGCUUCUUCUGCAAGGCCACCAUCACCGGAGUCGAGGACUACAGCAAGCCGGCCUCCUCCUAACACACACACACACACACGCGUACACACAUACACGCGCACACACACACACACACACACACAUGCAGGGUGAAAUGAGGCACCAUAACUACACACAAAAAACCAGAGCAGUGAUGUGAAGGCAGCAACAGAACCAGCUGUCACAUUAGCACAACAGCACCUCCACCUGUCAAAGCGAGUACACCACGCGCACAGACACACACACAGACACACACAGUGCUACAGGGCAACAGGAUGCAGGCGUGUCGCCUCUGCAGAAACACACAAACAGGAAACAAAGGAGAACCUCAUCCUCAGCAGAGGAAGGCUUCCUCCAGGACUCCCACAGUAAUUUAACACAGACACACAAAACUCACAUAAAACACACGAAAAGGUCGACAAAGAGCCAAACAACCGCAGAUAGGAUCCAGCGUCCUCCAUCACCACCUGAUCCACAGCUCAGAGAGCUGUACCUGUACACACACGCCUGCUGGACUGUUGUUACCCUGCUGUGACAGCGUUUCUGUCCUUAUCACCGUCAGGCUCCAGAUUCAGUGUCACAAACAAAGAGGGCGUCACUGCUGUUGAAAAGCUGCUUUAAGAUAAACGUCCACAUCAUUAAGAAGUGAUUUCAGGUCUCAUAAACUUCAUUCACAGCAGAACACAGAAACAUGUGACCUGUUCAAAUCGGUUAAAUAAGCAAACGUCCAUCCUUUAACUACAGGCUGCUCUUCAUCAGUAAAAUUCAAACCGUCAGCAGAUGUUUGAACUGUUCUCCACGAAUCAGAGAAAACCUGAACCUGGCGUGGAUGAGACGCACAUGUGUAUCCGGAUUACUGCGCUGAUGAUGAUGACGGUGGUGUUUCUGCUGGAGGAGUCGUUGCGUGCUCGCUGUACUCUGCUGUUAGUUCCACAGUUAUGAUUUCACACAUGUUCACACUGUGGGGCGCCGUUUGUAAAAUGAAACAUGCUGAAAUUAACUGCAAUAUUUUUCCACAUUUAGCUAAAAACGAGUCCUUUUUUUACAACAUUUAGUAAAAUACUUGUAACUUUUCACAGUUAAAACACAGUUUUGAAUGUUAAAUCUAAAUAUUAUAUUUAAAUCUAAAUGUUACAGGAAACUAAAUAUUUAGGCUAACAUGUAAAAUUUAUUGUACGGAUCAACGGAAAUACCAAAAUAAAAGCUUUACGAAAACCUCGGGGAAAAGGAGAACACAUGAGAACCGUUUGGACUCAAUCUACACAUGGUUCAUUUUCUUAAAAUCACUUUGGACAACACUAUUUUACGCCAUUUAGCUGCUGGUUAAAGUUAGGUUAUGGUUAGCUUUAGGGCUGGAACGUCUAUAACCGCGGGACCGUCCACUGGGAUUCAGCCAUAACCCGGCGCGGACCAUAAGUUUCCUCAGGAACGCCGCGGGACGUGACAAAACAUCGGUAUGCUACGCCCCGGGAGAGAGCAGACACAGCCCCGGGGCUGUGAAAUGACCCCUGCUGGUCACUUCUCACCGCCAUGAGCUGCUUCACUUCUUGCCUACCAGCAGCGAUUUAGCUGAGAACCUCCGAAGAUCCGUUUCGUCGGCCAUCCAAAGGUUCAGCAGUAGUGCGCUCAGCAGCUGCAGUCUCCACUUCACAAUCGCUGCAGCACACGGACAUGCUCGUAGGCAAGAAGUGAAGCAGCUCAUGGCGAUGAGAAGUGAGGGGGAGAGCAGACAUAAUCCGACCAAUACCGGCACACUUUUGCACCGGAGGUUUUCGUAAAGCUUUUAUUUUGGUAUUUCCGUUGAUCCGUACAAUAAAUUUGCAUGUUAGCCUAAAUAUUUAGUUUCCUGUAACAUUAACUUUUCAUAUUUAAAAUUGUGUUUUAAAUAUGAAAAGUUAAAAAAUAUUUUACUAAAUGUAAAAAAGUUCUUCACAAAAACAUGUUUUUGUAAGGUUUUGAGCUAAAUGUGGAAAAAUGUUGCCGUUAAUUUCACGUUACAAACGGCGCCUCAUAUCACACAGUCUGAAUGCGACGCCGUCACUUUGUUUUCAGCAUGUUGAGGACGGCGUGCCCCCGCGGCGUGUUUAUGGCGUGUUAGCGGCACCUCUGUGUGCCGCUCCGGGCUCCUGUAACCACAUUAAAUUAUUUAUCCUGAACCAG